AUGGUGGUCGUGAUGUCACGGCUCCCAGGCCCCCGUUGUGAGGCGCUGGCCCCUGGGGGGCCGUCACGGCAGCACACGGCCGGGCGGCUUAAACACAGGUGUGGCGUCCUCCCAGCUCUCGAGGCCGGAGGAGCAGAGCGUCUUUUCUUCAGCUGGGUAAAAGCCAGACCUAGUGCAUUAUGGUACAGUAAAAGCAGCAGCAGGAGCCGGCGGGAGCCAUCCAAGGCGGAGACGCCGCGCGGUGCCCAGCUCUCGGAAGCCUCCAGAAACGGCCCUCCGCUCGACUUGCUUGUUGGUUUGCUGCUGCCGCACAGCAUCUGGCUCCUCGUGGACGGGCUCCAGCUGUGCCCAUCGCCGCCACGGCCGCGGCAGCCGGGAGACCCUGCCUGCCGCCCCCGACGCCUGGGCUGCUCCGAGCCGCCUCGCGGCCCCACGAGGACGGGAGCCCGGACCAGACAGCAGCUGGACGUCUGCGCGGGAGGCUUGCAUCAAUGUUUGGAAAUGCCCUUCAAAAGCAGAAGCCAGCGCUUAGACGGAUGCCAGCAUUUGGAACGGAUUGCCAUCUGCCCCUGCGUUGAACACAGCGCCCUCCUCACAGUUGGUACUGAUAACUAUUUGCCAGUCUGCAUUCUUGCUCGUUGCUUUCCGAGGAAAACAGUAAACAUUCAGGACACAUGGGGCUAGCGAUUUUAAAUAGAAGAGAUGAGCUGAGGGAGAAAAAUGUGCUGCAGCCGUGACUGGGUGUUAGGUCUAGAAAGAGUGGGUACUAGUUCAUACUAGCGAGUGAGUGACUACA